AUGAUGAUGACAAUGUGCGGCCGGGGCGACCCGAAGGCGGCGGCGCCGACCACGAAGAGGCUGAGGAGUAGGAACAUGGGCAGCUGCAGACUGAACUACUGUGUCCUUCCACCACUCUCAGCUAUCCCCCCUGUCGGCUCCGGACCGGCAACUGGGGAGAGGGGGAGGGGAGUUUGUUGUUUGGUCCGAAAAUCACCCUAA